AUUCCUCCAAUGCACAAAUUAUGACUAAUAUGUGGUUAGCAACUUAUCUAAAUGAAUGAUCAAUUAAUUAACUACCUUUUAAAGACAUAAUAAUUGAUUUUCAAAUACCGUACCGUACCAAAAAAACAAUGUCUGUCUUGUUAUUCUAUAAACUUAACUCUUUAUCUUAUAUAUAUCUUCCCUUCGAAUCUAGUUUUUAAUACAUACAAAUAACUUCUCAGUAAUUUUAUUUAUUAAUUAGCUCAUUUAUGCAUAUUAUAACAAUACAUAAUGGUUUGCAAAAAACGUAAUUAUCUAAAAUGAGACAUAACCUAAGUGUUAUCUAUUAAAAACCUUAAAAAUAUAUAUUCAAAACCUUCUAUGAGGACUUUAUAGUGUUGCUUCUUCGGUAUUAUCAACAUCUGCAAGUAAAAAGCUAAACCGACCGCAACUGAAUAAAGAAGAAUAAUCAAUUAAUUAUGGCGUUGUGUGAGAGUCAGCUGGACUCUGCAUUGCCUCAGCUGAAGAGGGAAGAAUCGCCGAACAGUGAAGGCAGUCAGAAACCGACCCCUGAUAAGAAGCCCAAAAUGGAUCAUAAUGGAGAAUUAUAUGGGUUAAAUCAAGUGCCUAGCGGGUUGCCACUGACCGUCGACUACCGAUCGCCAGUCUCUCACUUCGUUCCGCCAGAGCUGUACGCGCCGAGAGCCAAACAAGAACCUAUAAGUAGCGCGAGUUCCUACACUCCUGAAUCGAGUGAGCCUCCCACGCCUGUCAAAAGAAAGCGUGGUCGUCCAAGAGUUGACAAGACCAGCCCUGAAUAUCUGGCCAAUCUCGCAGCUCGAAAACAAGCCAAAGAAAUGGCGGCAAUGAUGAAUAGUCGGACCCCGGAAAGUGGGGAGAAACGUAAGCGUGGACGUCCACGUGUGGACAAAACGAGCCCAGAAUACCUAGCUAGAAAAAGAGCUAGGGAGUUAGAAGCUUUGGAGAGAAAAGCCAAACGGGAGUAUAAACGCCGAGCUACAGGAGCUAAAGUUUCGAAAACAUCACUACCGCUUGCAUCGCGCAUCAAAAAACGUUCGGUACCGGCGAAUAAAAAAAAGAAUAAUGUUGCCAUGAGAAAAAUCCCAGCGAAAACUGGCAACACUGUACGCAAGGUCGGGGAUAAAAAGGUUCUAGUGAGACGUUCGAAUAAAUUUUUAAAGAGGAAAGAUUCAGCGGCUUCGUCAUCUGCUGGAGAGACGACGCCUCGUACGAAACGAAAAUACACGAAGAGGAAUCCGAGUGCUAAGAAAGAUGCUAAUCCGUCGACGGAACGUGUGAAAGGCAAGCGUGGGAGACCACGGAAGGUGGACCAGCUCGCUGCAAACAAUAAAGUGCAACAGCAACCUAAGAUACGUGUAAGAAAUAACCUGAUGCCUGAAGUGUCUGAACCGAUUACACUGGACAGCGACGAUGAACCGGAUCUUGGGUCUCCCAGCCAGGCGUCCGACUCGCUCAGUCUCGACGAGAACCUCCGGGCGCUCAGACAUAUUCACGAGAAAUACGCCAACAUUGAUAAGGAUGAUCUGUACGACACUCACCUGUUGGCCGUGAACUUCAAGAAACCCCUCGACUCACAGCGCAGGGAUGACGAUGAAGUACUCUCCGUCAGGAGCUCGGAAGGAUGUGCGUCAGUCAAAGAGAUGGAGACUCGAGUGGAGAAGCUGGAGGACAGUUCCAACUCGGACUCGGACAGCAGUAGUUCCGGAUCCGAACGUCGUGCGGUUCCCUCCCAAAGCACCUCUGGAGCCCGUCAUGUACGGAGCAGCAGUUCAAGUUCAGGCUCAUCGAGUUCGUCUAGUUCAGACUCGUCCAGUUCGUCUGACAGUUCUGACAGUGAGUCCGAGUCCGGCGACGAGAAACCUAAGACUGAACCUAAACCCGUCGCUGAUCAUCCGGUCCAUGACGAUGAUAGAUCAUUUGGUGAAUGGUCCAACAGCGGCGCGAUGUCGGAGACCGGAUCCGACUCUGAUCCGGAACGGUCAGCGGAUCCGGCGGCACCGACCUCGCACGACGAGAUCAGCGAAUCCGAGAAUGAAUCCGCUGACAAAAGCUUCCAAUGUCAUAUCUGCUCCAAAUGGUAUUCUACGAGGGUGACACUCAAAAUACAUCGCCGCGUCCAUCAAAACCGCGGCGGUGGUAACUCGCGGUCGCGCGCACGUUCUUCAGAGCGAUACGAAUGCGAUUGUUGCAGUGAAACAUUUAACCGUCGUGAGAAACUAUGGGAACACAAAGCCGAGGCCCAUCGCGGCGCCAUGACAGUCCGAUGUGAAGUUUGUCGGAAGUGCUUCGAGGACGAUGCGGAACUGGCCGCACAUGAUCGGACCCAUACUGCAGACGAGAGAGCUGGUGAGUUCACAUUCAUUUACUACUUCUGCUCGGCUCCUAUUUAUCGUAGCGUGAUGUUUUAUAGCCUGUAGCUUUCCUCGAUAAAGAGACUAUCCAAUGCAGAAAGAUUUAUCUAAUUUGGUUAAAUCGUUCGGGAGUUAUGCGCUUAUAAUAG